AUGGCCAUUAUUGAUAGACUUCCUACGAGAGAUAGGCUAGCUCGUAUGAGCAUUGGGAUGGACAGAGGAUGUGUAUUGUGUGGCUUGGAUGAGAAAUCUCGAAAUCAUAUCUUUGGUGAUUGUCCUUAUGCUUGUCGAGUGUGGGAUGUUGUGUUGCAGGCUUGCAGGCUCCCUUGUAGGCUGCGGGGUUGGGAGGAUAACCUCACUUGGUUGAUCUGUAACUUAAGAGGUAACUUUCUAAUUGUUUGCAUCUUGAAGAUUGCUUGGACCAACUUCCUGUACUUUAUUUGGGAGGAACGUAAUUUCAUAAUUUUUAGGGGAGUUGAGAGAUCUUUGGAGGUGGUGUAUGGGAAGAUCAAGGAUAUCGUGUGCUCAAGAUUGUUUGGCUACUUCUUUAAGCAGGAUGGGGUGAAUUUACAGCUUUGUGAAGAUUGGGGUUGUUAA